GCUCCAGCUCCAGCCUCCUGCUCAUCGCCGGCGGCUAACGUACGACGAACGCAAGAUCUCAAUCGAUCGAGCUAAAAGUCCAAGGUCACAACAGCUUGUUCUUCUCAUCGAUCAGCUUCAGCUGCUAGCUAGCCAUGGUGGAACAUCUCGUUAUUGACCCGACCGCGCUCUCCCUUGCGCUCCCGGCGGCACCGGCACCGGCACCGGCACCGGCGCUCAGCAAGGAGGACUACCUCGCCAUCUGCCUCGCCGCGCUCGCCGGCACCCGCAAGUUUGGGCUCGGCCGCGACCGGGAGCAGCAGCAGCCGACCAACAAGUGGUGCCCAACGACGCUCGCACCCGCGCAGCCGCAGGAGCUCCGGUUCCGGUGCGCCGUCUGCGGGAAGGCCUUCGCGUCCUACCAGGCGCUCGGCGGCCACAAGUCCAGCCACCGCAAGCCGCCCACGCCGGAGCAGUACGCCGCCGCCGCCGCGGCACAGGCGGCGGCGACUGGGGCUGACUCCGACGAGACGGCGUCGACGGGAUCGGCGGACAGCGGUGGUGGGCCGCACCGGUGCACCAUCUGCCGGAGAGGCUUCGCGACGGGCCAGGCUCUCGGCGGGCACAAGCGCUGCCAUUACUGGGACGGCAUGUCCGUGUCGGUCUCCGUGUCCGCCGCGUCUGCGACCGUCUCGGCGUCCGCCGGGACGACGGGGUCGUCGUCGGGCGUCACCGUCAGGAACUUUGACCUCAACCUGACGCCACUGCCGGAGAUUAGCAACGCCGGGAUGACGAUGAGGAGGUGGGCCGAGGAAGAGGAGGUGCAGAGUCCAUUGCCGAUCAAGAAGCGCAGGAUGUCGGAGUGCUUGGCUAGACGGUUAUCGUGGGUGGCGCCGGUGGCUUUAACUGGCCUGAGCUGUAACCAUGGAGAUGCCGGCGCCGGCGCGGCGGGCACCAAACCUUGCGACGGCGCAGUCAGUGGCGAAGAUGUCCGAGGAGACGUAGUUUGGCGCCCCACCCAUGACGGGCAUCUUGGAGCUGACGCUGAGCUGGUUGAUGUAGUCGGCGCGGUAGGUCUGGCCGAGGACGCCAUGCACGUCGUCGGUGAGGUCGAAGAACUUGAACCCGAGGUCGAAGUGCGCGAGGCUGUCGUCCUCGGUCACGCCGUAGUUGUGGACGCGCGAGUCCUCCUCGCUGAUGGGCACCACGUUGGCGACGAUGUCGAACACGCCCCUGAGCUGCACCCUGACGCCGUUGGCGGCGGCGGUCCGGGUGACGGUGAGCCCCGGCACGGCGGCGGGCUCCCACACGGCGCCGGUCUCGGCGGGGAUGGUGACGGGCGCGCCGUCGAAGGCCAGCUCCAGGCGGUCCACGUCGUUGCUCCACUUGGCGGUCUUCUGUGCGCCCAUGUAGAGGCGGUGGUCGACGGCGCCGGCGGCGCCGAAGCGGAUGCCGACCGCCUGGAUCCACGUGAAGUCGCGGCUCAUGGCCGGGUUGCGCUUGCCGAUGAAGUGCGCGUUGAUGUGGAGGUUGGCGUCGGAGAGGAUGCAGAAGUCCCCGUCCUUCUUGCCGUGGAAGUAGAAGUUGUUGCCGUCGCCGCCGGUGAAGCGCGGGUCACCGCAGGACACGCCGGGACCUGCAUCAGAAACCUAACCACCAGCAUUAGCUUUUUCAGUCAACAAGAGCGUCGCCGUGAUCGAUCGAUGGCCAUCACCCACGACGACUACGUCUCCCUUUGCCUCAUGGCGCUCGCGGCCGCGGGAGGCGGAGGCCAAGCUGCAGGUUUAACGACGCAGUACGCUCUGACGAACACGGCUGCCUGCUGGACGGCGACGGCGCAAGAGUCCGAGCUCCGCUUCCGGUGCUCCGUCUGUGGCAAGGCCUUCGCGUCGCACCAGGCGCUGGGCGGGCACAAGGCCAGCCACCGGAAACCGACGCCUGUACUACAGGCACAAGCGUCGUCGUCGUCAGCCGGAGGUGCGGCGGCGUCGUCGUCGGGGAUAACGACCUCGGCCGGCGGCAGCAGCGGGCAGGGGAGGCACAGGUGCACGGUGUGCCAUCGGAGCUUCGCGACGGGGCAGGCGCUCGGCGGGCACAAGAGGUGCCAUUACUGGGACGGGCUCUCGGUGUCGCUCACCGCGUCGUCUGCGCCAUCGGGUUCCGGGUCGACCGUGAAGGGAUUUGAUCUGAAUUUGGUGCCGGCGCCGGCGGCGACGGCGGCCAACGCGGCGACAAGGUGGAGAGAGGAGGAAGAGGUGCAGAGCCCCUUGCCGGUCAAGAAGAGGCGGCUGUCCGGUCCGUCCCUGGACCUUAGUUUAACGAUCUAGAGUUCCGUUUGAUGAGGCAUGUGUAGAGUUUUUCCUACCUUCAUUCGUUCUUUUAGUUGGAUUUUGGUUUGGUGUUUUGCCUGGUGAAUAAUUAAACUUGUGCUUUUAAUUC